AUGUUUGUUUGCCCAUCUGUAUGUGUGUGUGUGUAUGUGUGUUGUUGUGAAUGCCAGUUUAUCUCUUUUUUUCAUUUCUUCUCUGCCACAGCAGUCAACGCCGAGGGAAAUUUUGAGUCUGAGGGGCAGGGACUACAUGGUUACGUGCGUGUGAGUAUCCACACGGCAGAGAUCAAAAAAAAAAAAAAAGGGAGAAGCUUAACAGAAGAAGAAAAACAAACAACAACAACUGGGACGAAGAGGAAAGGUGAAGUAAUGGUGGCGACGCUGAAUCACAACUCCGUCCCGAGAACUACCAACUUCUACGAGAAUAGUUUGAAGCAGCUCAGUGACAUUCAGCAGAAGCAGACUGGUCUUCUUAUUGGCGCUGUGGUUGCUGAUGCAGCGGCACGUGGAUUGGAUGGGUGCUCGGCCGAUGAAAUUGCUGAGUUUGCGAGGGCACAGGCGAAGUUUAAUAGUGGCGGCGGCGAGGAGGAGGCCGAGGAGGAGUUGCUUGUGUUUGUGCGGGCCGGUCCCCAACGCCGUUCUUCUGGUCCUUCCCUGACAGGUGCACUGCAGCAUCACUCCUACACAUGCCUACUCCUGCGGCAGCUUCUCCGUGCUAUGGCCUCCGCGCGAGGGGAGUUUCCUGUGAGUUACGUCAAGGACCAUUGGGUUUCCAUCGCCCGUGCGCACCCGCAGUGGUUUGCAGCUGAACAUGCCUCGCUUUUGAACGUGUUGGGGGUUGUUUUGCCAUUGCCAGUCAUUUAUCCCUGGGCAGAUGACACGACGUUGCGAUCGUACGCGACGCAGUUUAUUGACUUUCUCACAGAGCCCCCGGUGGGACAGGCGGCGGCGGAAAAAACACGGAGCGCCGUGAAGUCAUACACAUUCUCCGCACUUGGUGUUGCGUUGCGCUGCUUGCAAAGCAACCCUGAUCCAUCCCGCAAUGCCGCUAUAAUGGCGGUGCCAGGAACGGCAGAUUUGUUUCCUGAAGACCUUGCAUUGCUUUGUCCAGCACGAACGCAUAAAGAGUUGCUGUCGCAAUUAAUAGACGCCAACUCCACGGGGUGUGCGGCCGGAGGGGCUGCGGCUACCCCCAUUUCCAUGUGCGGGGGCAGCAGUUCCUGUGGUGCUGGCAGCCCGUCUUUGCCCGUUUCUGCUCGGCCUUUUGUUCGGGAUGUUUGUGUGGCCCGCGAGGCUCUCGUCGUGGCGAGAAAUGCUCGCUCAUUUGCGGACGGUGUUAGGGCGGCCAUUCGUUUGGGCGGACCCGUAUGCCAGCGGAGCCUUCUUGUUGGCGGGCUGUUGGGCGCACGUAUGGGGGUGCGCUGUAUUUCACCAAGCUGGCUCAGCGCGACGCAUGACCACAGCCCGCUCGCCACCUUGGCGAUUGAGGUGGCGCAGUGGAGUUGGAACCCACCGCACCAUUAG